GGAUGAGAAAAAAAAUAAACAACAUACCUUGAAAAGCGUCUAUUUUCUUGAAUGUUUCAAUAUUUCGCUGUUUGAAAAAGUUUUUUAGUGCUUACAAGCAUUGUAUAUGUAGAAAGUCAUCAUGACAAAAUUGUUAAAGACCAAUUUUAUUCUUGAGCAUAACAUUAGAAAAAUCUUCCCUAACUCGAGUAUGACAUUGCAAUUUCUGCAAAUAAGAAAAUAUGCAAGUAAAAAACCUCGAAUAAAUAGCUUUGUAAAGGACGGUAUGAGUUCUAAGGUUGCAAAUAAUUUUGAUAAAUUUGCUGGAUUCAGACCAUCUGCGUUGUCUCUUCAAAAACUGAUAAAUUUUGGUUCAAAGACUGGUACAGAGGCCUCAUCGUUUGAAUUUCUACGUCAGGAGCUGCCUGUACGACUGGCCAAUAUUAUGAAGGAAAUCAACCAUUUACCAGACAAUCUUCAACAAAUGCCUUCAGUUGCUAUGGUCAGAAACUGGUAUCAGGCAAGUUUUACAGAAAUACUGGAGUUUGAAGAUACCGUUAAAGUUGAGGAUAAAGACAAACUAGCAAAAUUUGCAGAUGUUCUGGUCAAAAUUAGAAAUCGUCAUUCAAAUGUUGUAGAAACAAUGGCUCAGGGUGUAAUGGAGUUGAAGGAUGCAUAUGGGGACUCACGGACAGACAGUCAAAUACAGUACUUUCUUGAUAGGUUUUACACUAGCAGAAUUAGUAUAAGAAUGUUAAUUAACCAGCAUGCAUUAUUAUAUGGUGAUGAGUUAGCCAAUCAUCCUCAACAUGUAGGUUGUAUAGAUCCUAACUGUGAUGUUCUCGAAGUCGUACGAGAUGCUUAUUCCAAUGCUAGAUUUCUAUGUGAACAAUACUAUAUGAUAUCUCCUGAUCUCAAAAUUGAAAGCUAUAAUCCAUAUGAGAAGACCGACUCUGUAAGACUUGUAUAUGUGCCAUCACAUUUGUAUCACAUGCUGUUUGAGCUGUUCAAGAAUGCAAUGAGAGCUGUGGUAGAAGUGCAUGGGGACAAAGCAGAAAUACCUCCUGUAGAAAUAGCUGUAUGUAAAGGGAAGGAAGAUCUUACCAUUAAAGUGUCUGAUCAGGGCGGUGGAAUAGCGUUUGGAAAAGUGGAUCUGUUAUUUCAGUAUAUGUAUACAACAGCACCUCAACCUCAGCCGUCACAUUGUCGGGAGGGUUCGGCCCCGCUAGCAGGAUACGGUUAUGGUUUACCGUUAUCAAGACUGUAUGCUAGGUAUUUCCAAGGUGACCUUGUCUUAAAUUCUAUGGAAGGCCAUGGUACAGAUGCUAUGAUUUAUUUGAAGGUGCUAUCUGACGAAGCGAAUGAAUGUCUACCAGUUUAUAAUAAGACAGCUUCACGUGUAUACGAGUCAGACACGCCAGUUUCGGAUUGGAGCACACCCACACCUUGGACACAAAAUCCAUCACGUAGUUAUUCAACGUAUGUUUUAAAACGGACAAUGAAUCCAACAGUGAACUCAUGAACAUGUGGUUAGAAUUUAUAGAAAUAUGUUAACCAUGUGUGUCAACCAUAACACUCGUUUUCUUGGAAAGGAGUCCGUUUGUUCACGUAUAUAAGUCUGUGUUUGAAUAGCAACAAGAAUAAAUGUGACAUUCACAUGCUUUUUUCGAGUCAUUGAGACGAAGUUUUGUGAUGGUUCACCUGAUUGUGGGAAUUGUAAUGUAGUUUAAAUGUUAAUUAAAUCAUGUUAGAAAUUAUUUGACUGUACAAACGUUCUAGGAGAACAGCUGUAUGUCAGUCGCACCUGAUCAAAUAAUGAGAAGAAAAAUCUACAAGAAAUAAAAAACACGAGAGAUAUAUAUUUAGAAAAAGAAAGAAAAAAAAAUUCCUGUUAACCAAAUUUGUUAUUUGAAGAAAUGUUCAUUUUCUAGAUAAAAAAAGUACUGUAAUGCGUUUAUAAUUUUUAGAUAUUUGAGUUUAUCAAAGAUGGACAUGCAUUUCGUGUUUUAUAUGAUAACACAGCGCAUUUGUAACCUGAAUUUUCAUUGGACGAUUCUACCAUUUACAUUAUUUGUAUAUAAAGUUGCUAUGAAUCUAUGAGUUAAUUUUUAAAUUUUUUAUUGAAAAAAAAAACAAA